AUGGUAAAUCCUAAGCGAUUGUUUACUGAAGUAUUGUUCUGGUAUCCUCAUCCGCCUCGAGCGCAUGGAACAAGUACGAUGGCGUUUUUGGCAGCCAAAAUUGAGCCACCGAAGAGAGAAGUGGAUCACGCCAAGGCGAUUGAAACUGUCCACCGAACAAUGGUGGCGGUAAUUCUGGGCUUUCUGACCUUCAAGGGCGUUUCCAGUGCCUUCAUUUUCACACUGAUGCUGGUCCCGCUCCUGGGUGGUCUUGUUCGAUUCAAGAACGAAUGGGGAAUAGUCAUUAGCCAUAUUGUGCUGCACACACCAUGCUAUGGGAUGGCUAUCUAUCUUUCGUCGAUGGUUCUAUCGAUUUUCAUUCCAAUUAUGGGACGAACAGGGUCAAAUCCCGAGUUACUCGUAGCUGUGAUGACGAAUUUCUCGGCAUAUAUCAUCGUGUUUUCCUUGUUGCCUCUAGUGACAAUAACGGCCAAUAAACGAACACAAGAGGACACCACCCUACGCAAUUUCAUUGAAAUGAUCGGUGGCAUACUGUUUACCGCCUCGGCCGUCUUAGCAGUUCUACAUUUUGUGCACAAGUCGCCAUACAGCUACUCAGAUGCCUAUCCAAUGCCGAGACGCAUCCAAAUAUUUCAUGUAAACCGAGCGCUACGAGAAAAGGAUCAAGGGAUGAAAAUCCGAGACAGUGCUUUAUAUGUGAUUGCACAGGAUUAUCGUGGUGCAGAGGAUAUUCCGUUCGUGGAUGGAAGUGAGCAGUUUUCAUCUACCCUCCACCUUACUAGGUUGACGCCGACACACAAAUUCAGAUGGGAGCUGACAUUCAAGAACUGGUUCCCAUAA